GUCGGAUCCAUGUUACUCUAAUACCCGUGACAACCCUGUCAUAUAUACAGGCUUGAAGACAUGAUCACUAGCAGCAGUGUUUAUGGCUUAAAGAUGCAGUGGACCCCAGAGCAUGCCCAGUGGGCGGAACAGCACUUUGACAUCUCCUCCACCACCCGCUCCCCGGCACACAAGGCGGAGGCCUACCGGGGCCACCUGCAGAGGACGUACCAGUACGCCUGGGCCAACGAUGACAUCUCCGCCCUGACCGCCUCCAACCUCCUGAAGAAGUACGCCGAGAAGUACUCGGGCAUCCUGGAGGGCCCCAACGAGAGGGGCCUGCUGUGCACCUACGGCGACGGCUCGGCGCCCGUCGGCCUCCUGAACGGCCGCAAGUCGGAGAGCGACUGGCAGGACGGCAUCUACCCCAUGAGCUGCGCGGCCGACGUCAUCGCGGCGAGCAAAGCUGGUGCCACGGUGGAGGUGUCGGUGGGCAGCUCGGUGGGCUCGGGGACGGGCAGCAGCCUGGCGGAGCCCAGCUACGCCAGCAGCAACUGCGCCGGAGGCGGCCACACGCCGGGCGGUCUGCACGGCGCCUCCGGGCCGGCACAGGACUUCACCAGUGGCUACAACGGCUCCUACCUGCACUCCAGCUACAGCGGCCAGAGCACGCCUGGCCUGCCCUCGCCACACCCGUCACCCCUGCACAGCGCUGGGCUCUUACAGCCCCCGCCGCCCCCGCCGCCUCCUCCCCCACCCACACUAGUGCCCAGCUACAACGCCGGCUCCCCGAACCUGUCCAGCUACAGCUACCCCGCAGCAGGGUACCCUCCACAGACUCCCGUGGCGGGUUAUAGUCCAGGGGGAGGGCCUCCACCUCCCCCAUCCGCGUACCUGCCGUCGGGCAUCGCGGCCCCCACUCCCUUACCGCCAUCCACUUUACCCGGCUACACCUACCAGUCGCACAGCCAUGCGCCGAUCGCCCCCACCCCUCUCAACGGCAGCUCGGCCAACUCGCUGAAGAGGAAAGCGUUCUACAUGACGGGCCAGGGCGACAUGGACUCGGCUUAUGGAAAUUUCAGCUACAGCCAGCAGCAGCAGCAGCAGCAACAGCGCUCCACCCAGAGCCCCAUGUACCGAAUGCCUGACAGCAGCAUCGCUGACUCAAGCAGAGGGAACGGAUUUGACAGAAACGCUGAGGCGUCAUCUUUGGCGUUUAAGCCCACCAAGCAGUCGAUGUCCUCGGAUCAGCAGAGGAAGUUCAGCGGGCAGUCGGCCGGCUCGCGUGCGCUCACCCCCCCGUCGUCCUACGGCUCGGGCAAAUCGUUCGGCAAGUUCAGCGAGGAGCACAGGCAGCACCUCGGCCACUCGGGCGGCGGCGGUAACGGCACCUCGUCCGCACAUCCGGCCGAGGAGCAGCUGAAGAACAGCGACGCCAGCCUGGUGGAGCUGGUCACCACCGAAGUCCUCCAGCAGGGCAUGCCACCUGUCGACUGGAGCGACAUCGCCGGCCUGGACCUGGCCAAGGCCACCCUUAAGGACGAGGUGCUGUGGCCCCUGCUGCGGCCGGACAUGUUCAGCGGCCUGGGCGCGCUGCCUCGCACCGUCCUGCUCUUCGGGCCGCAGGGGAGCGGCCGGACGCUGCUGGCCCGCUGCGUGGCCAGCCAGAUGGGCGCAGCCUUCCUGCAGCUCAGCGGCCAGGCGCUGGCCACCAAGUGGGUGUCGGAGGGCGACAAGAUCGUGCAGGCCUCCUUCCUGGUGGCGCAGUGCCGGCAGCCGGCCGUGGUGUUCGUGAGCGAGGUGGAGCUGCUCUUGUCGGGCCAGCUCGCCGAGGAGAGCCCCGUCCAGCGCGUGCGGAGCGAGCUCCUCCUGCAGCUGGACGGCCUGCUGUCGGCGGCGGCCGACGAGCAGGUGCUGGUGGUCUGCUCCAGCAGCAAGCCGGAGGAGAUCGACGAGCCGCUGCGGAGGUAUUUCAUGAAGCGGCUGCUGGUGCCGCUGCCGGACGCCGGCGCCCGCCACCAGAUCAUCAGCCAGCUGCUGGCCCAGCACAACUACUGCCUCAGCGACAAGGAGGUGGCCCUGCUCGUCCAGCGGACCGAGAGCUUCUCCGGGCUGGACGUGGCGCGCCUGUGCCAGGAGGCGGUCAUCGGCCCGCUGCACGGCAUGGCCGGCUCGGACUUCUUGCCGGGUCAGGUGAGGCCCGUCUCGUACCAGGACUUUGAGAACGUCUUUUGCAAAAUUCAGCCCAGCAUAUCACAAAAAGAACUUGACACAUACACUGAAUGGAAUAAAAUGUUUGGCUGUUGUCAAUGA